ACACAAGUUCAUCUUCAUUUUUUCUCUCAAUUCAUCAGAGAUACUCUUCUUUGCAAACUUAUCAACAUAAAUUUAGAACCAACCGGACCACCAAAGCAACAAGUUAACUUCAACUUUGUUGAUAUUACGCGCGUACCUGACGAAAAAAAAAGCUUGUUUGCCCGAUCUGACGGGCGAGUCACUGAAACUUGUUGAUUUGGUAACAUACUAAACAUUAGCACGGGCCAACUUAUGCACGUAUUUUUUGUAUUUUGGCUCAAAGCAUUCAAGUCUUUUUUUGAAUGGUAUUCAGUCGAAAAGCGUCGAUGGCAGUGUGUGGACGUUAACGGGUUUUUUAGCUUCAAAAGAUACUUUUACUACUUCACCCCGAAAGAUACUUUUCCUAUCCACUUUAACCUGCACGCGAUUGGUUUAUAUCUGAAUGCAAAUUGAUAUCUUGAAUUCGGCAAAAAGAAAGUGAAGUGAAAAAGUGAAUUCCAAUCAGCACUACAACGCGAGUUGUUUCAUUUCCACUUUUAUUCAUUCAGUUUUAUUCUUUUAUUUAAAGGUACGACCAAAGAUAGAAAAUCUUGUUCUUGUUGAUAAAUUUAUGAAAUACCUAGUUUUAAAAAUCUAGUGACAAAAAGUCUUCACAAUGAGAUCUUCACCAAUUUUUAACAAAACCAAAUGCCUACUGUCAACAACCUUUCCCGAAAUUUCACUUGUUUCCCAACAACGUCAGCGAUCUACAACAUGCCCACAUGCUGCAACUGCAACUAGUGCUUCUAGCGCCACAGAUGUUUCAUCUAGCAAAGAAUGGGAAAAUGCAUUGCCAUACAAUGAAGUACCUGGGCCAAAACCAUUACCAAUUCUUGGUAAUACAUGGCGAAUGAUGCCAAUAAUUGGACAGUACACUAUUUCCGAUGUUGCCAAAAUUUCAUCACUUUUACACGAGAGAUAUGGACGAAUAGUACGUUUUAGCGGAUUAAUAGGCCGACCAGAUUUGCUCUUUAUCUAUGACGUUGAUGAAAUUGAAAAGUGCUACAGAAAUGAAGGGCCAACACCAUUCCGACCCUCUAUGCCAAGUUUAGUUAAAUACAAAUCAGUAGUACGGAAGGAUUUCUUCGGAGAUUUAGGUGGAGUUGUUGGAGUUCACGGAGAACCUUGGCGCCAAUUCCGAUCACGAGUACAAAAACCAGUCCUUCAGCUAUCAACAGUCCGUCGAUAUCUAGAUCCAUUGGAAGAAGUUACCAAUGAUUUCUUAAAAAGAUGUGAGACUUUACUUGAUGAAAAUUCUGAACUGCCUGAUGAUUUUGAUAAUGAAAUUCAUAAAUGGUCUCUGGAGUGUAUUGGACGUGUUGCCCUUGAUGCUCGUUUAGGUUGUUUAGAACCAAACCUCUCUGAAGAUUCAGAACCUCAACAAAUUAUCAAUGCUGCCAAAUAUGCGUUACGUAAUGUUGCAACUUUAGAAUUAAAAGCUCCAUUUUGGAGAUAUUUUCCAACACCGUUAUGGACGCGUUAUGUGAAUAAUAUGAAUUUCUUUGUUGAAGUUUGUAUGAAAUACAUAAAAAGUGCCACCGAUCGUAUGAAGUCAGAGGGCUACACCCAAACUGGAGAACCUUCUCUUUUGGAAAAGGUUAUCCUUUCGGAAAAAGACGAGAAAAUCGCUACAAUUAUGGCAUUGGAUUUGAUUCUCGUUGGAAUUGACACGAUAUCCAUGGCAGUUUGUUCGAUGUUAUACCAAUUGGCCACUCGACCUGAAGAACAAGAAAAAGUUCGUGAAGAACUUAGAAGAGUACUGCCCAAUCCUGAUACACCUUUAACAAUUCAACUUUUAGACCAAAUGCAUUAUUUAAAAGCUUUUAUCCGAGAAGUUUUCAGAGUUUAUAGUACGGUAAUUGGAAAUGGAAGGACUUUACAGGAAGAUACUGUGAUAUGUGGUUAUCAAAUUCCAAAAGGGGUACAAGCUGUAUUUCCAACAAUUGUUACUGGCAAUAUGGAAGAAUAUGUUACUGAUGCGGGAACUUUCAAACCCGAACGUUGGUUGAAGGCAAAUCAAGGUGAAGGAAAAUUACAUCCAUUUGCUUCACUGCCAUAUGGCUAUGGUGCCCGCAUGUGCUUAGGUCGGAGGUUUGCUGAUUUAGAAAUGCAAAUUUUACUAUCAAAACUUAUAAGAAACUACAAGUUGGAAUUUAAACAUGAACCUCUGGAAUAUGCUGUUACGUUUAUGUAUGCACCUGAAGGACCACUGAAAUUCAAAAUGACGAAAGUGUAGAAGUUAGCUGAGAUUAUUUUCUUU